CCUUUCUGAAGGCAAAUUCUCCGAUAAAUAAUCCCAAAAAUCCUCAGCUUCCAUUUUCAUUGUUCCCUUCACUAUAUAGAGAGAAGGCAUACAAAAGGAGGUUCAUUUGUCUAUAAUAAUUUCCCUCAAAAUGGAGUCUCAAGGAUCUCUCUGCCUCUUGUGGGCUUUGCUUGCUUGCUACCUCUUCUCUUCUUCUGUGGCCUACAAUAGCUUCUACGUAGGUGGCAAAGAUGGCUGGGUUACAAACCCCUCUGAGAGUUACAAUCACUGGGCCGAGAGAAACCGGUUCCAAGUCAAUGACUCUCUUGUCUUCAAGUACAGUAAAGGGUCGGACUCUGUGUUGCGGGUGACAAAAGAUGAUUACAGCAGCUGCAUCACAAAGAAGCCUCUCAAGACUAUGGAUUCUGGUUCCUCUGUGUUUCAGUUUGAUAAGUCUGGUCCUUUCUUUUUCAUUAGUGGAAACGAGGAUAAUUGUCGAAAGGGACAAAAACUGAUUGUUGUUGUGCUUGCGGUCAGAACAAAACAAACCUCAACACCAGCAUAUCCCCCAGCUAUAUCCCCUAAAGCACCAUCCCCAGAAGGUCACAAUCCAGCUCAAGCGCCAUCAAGAUCCUCAGCACCAAUUGCUAAACCUCCAACCUCGUCUCAUGUGCCAUCAGUGUCACCUGUAUCCCCAUCACCAAUUGCCAAUGCUCCGAGCAGCAAUGCUCCAACUGGGGCUCCAGGGCCAUCACCAGUGACCAAGACACCACAGAUAUCGCCAGUGCCUUCGAAGUCUCCAUCACCAUCUCCGUAUGCUAAGCCUCCUGCACCAGCACAUUCACCAGAGUCUCUCACUGGGUCUCCAGGUCCGUCACCAGUGCCAUUAAAGUCUCCAUCUCCAUCUCCAUGUCCACUGGCUAAUACUCCUUCACCAUCAUAUCAUCCUGUUGCCUCUCCAACACCAGCAACAUCACCAUCUCCAUCAAGUCCAACUCCUGCAAAACCGCCAUCUUCAACUCCAUCCCCAACACCUGAGUCUAGUUCUGGGCCAUCAUUAUCUCCCGGCUCCAAUGAGGCGGACCUUGCCCCCGCUCCGGCUCCAGCUGCUUCUUGGGUUGCAACUCCUUCAACUACGAUGGUUCUUGUGGCUUCUCUUCUUAUUAGUUCUGCUAUUAGUGGAUGGCCUUGAGAGAGAACAAUCAUUUCUAUUUUAGGUUGAAGCUUCCUUUUUUUAAGUUUUCGGGCUUUAUUGUUAUUGCUGAACUUUAUUAGAAACUAUUUUCUUUUGAUUA